AUGGCGAAGCUGCUGGAGUUUGCGUCCAUGCCCGUGCCGCCACGGCACGUGCGGCUCACGCCGCGGGAGACGAAAGUCUCGCGGGGCACGGAGGAAGAGAACAGCUGGACCAAAAGACAAAGACAUUGGAGGAACAUCAAGGCCCAGCUGGCUGCCAAGGCGGCGGAGAAGCAAGCGCAGCAGCGGGAGAAGCCGCUGACGCUGAUUGGUGGAGGAGAGAAGCCCCACCUGCCGCCUCUGCCCAAGUCCCUGCAGCACGCGCAGAUCCCGGCGAAGGAUGUGGAACAGAUCCAGUCCACCUACCACUGGAGGCCUUGCCAGCUCAGUGAGCACGUCUACGCUGCGGACCUGCCGGGCAGAAGCCUGGGGACGUACGUGAACACCUUGAGCUACGACCUCGGGAAGGAGACCCUGCAGACGAUCGAAGAGCAAUUGGAAGCCCACAAUCUGGAAGAUUCCACCCCAGUGUUGGUCAGCAGACACGGCGAACGGCAGCGGCUGGUGAAGGAUGCCUUGACGCAGGAGGAGGAGGGCGCUGUCGGUGGGCCAUUGCUCACCGCCACGGGCGCCGCCGCGGAGAAGGCGCUGGGGCAGCUGCUGCGCCAGCGCUACACGCGGCCGGGCGGCUGCACGGAUCGGUGCCUCAAUGGCCAAGUGGGCAAUGGCGUCUACGCACAAGACGAGGUGCACGCUGAGAGUAGCGGCCUGGCUCGCACCCUGCAGAGCGCCUAUGCGCUGCACGCGGGGCUCUUCCCGCAGGGCUCCGUAGAGAGUUCCGGCGGCGAGGCCGUGCAAGUGCCACUGCCGGUGUAUAGCAGACCGACAGGAGAGGAUUUCAUCCUGCGGGGCUACACCAUGUGCACUGCACAGGCGCGGAAUCUGGAAGCAUGGCAGUCUUCUCCGGAGUUUCUGACGAAGGCCUCCGAGACCAAAGCGUUUCGGAGUCGGAUGGCGCAGCUCUUAGGCAGAGUAAACAUCUCCGAGGAUGGGACAGCAGCUCCCUUGGCAGACUGGUGGAAUACCUACGAUGAGAUCGCAGUGGCCGCACAGGCGCCCACGGGCAGCGCGGUGAACGCCAGCGACCUACAGGAGGCGGAGACGUUGGCGGCCUGGCUUGAGGCGGUCAAGUUUGGGCCCAAGUUGGCAGGCACCAAAUGCGGUGGCGCCUUACUGCACGAAGUGGGCCUGCGGCUGCUGGAUGAGGUCAAGUAUCCAGAUCUGCGGCUGACACAUUUUAGCGCCCACUAUGCCACCAUGCUGUGUUUGUUGUCCGCCCUUGGGGUGCCGGACUACACCGCUACUGACUCCUGGAUUCGGCAGGAGCUGUUGGGCCUGAGCAGCGUCCUGGCCUUCGAAGUGGCCAAAAUCGGCACGGGCGAAAGAGUGGUGGGGCUCUACUACUGGCCAGGCCCCGACAGCUCCACCGAGUCCUGGCGCCUGGUGCAGUUGCCCUGCGGCGACCCAGCAGGGCGUUGUAGCACCAAGCAGUUUGAGUCCAUCGUCGCGCGGCGCGGCCUCGGCAGCCUCAAGGCCUGGUGCACCGCCUGCGACAACUUCGAGCUGAAGCUCUGUGCUGCCCCCGUCACUCCGGCCACGGGGACCAUUUCGCCUAAACGGCCGCAGUGGGACCUGCCUGCGGUGGUCUUCGUCUUCCUGGGCGUAGGAGCCUCGGCCUUUCUGGCGGCCGGCUGCUAUGCCUUUCGCAAGAGCUUCCGAGGCUGCCUCUAUACCGAGGAGGAGAGCCGCAGCAUGAUUGCGGAGCGCGCCCCCCCCAUUGGGGCCUGCAGCCCGGCGCCGUCGCUGUGA